AUGGAACGCAGCCCCAUGUCAUAAAUGCAGGUUCACUUUGGACUUUGAGGUUAGAUUUUGCUUGUUUAAUAUUUUGAUUUAUCUACUAUUAAAAGGAAACCCUAGCUACGUAAGUACAAUGGAAAUUGAAAGUAAAAUUAAAGAGGACAUGAAGUCUCUGGGCUGCAAUUCUGAUAUGAAAAUUGCCCUCGCCUACCAUUUAUACAUACACUUGGUCGACAAAAAAUUAAUGUACGACACAGAAUACUGUUACAAUACUGAUAUUGAUACGCUCUAUAUAGUAGCGCGGCCUAGUAAAGACGAGAAAAUCAACAUUUAUGUACCAAUUUCAACAUACGAUGAUAUAAAUAUGGAAUUCAUCAACAUGAUACAAGAGAAUUUAUGCACAGUUGAAACCGGGCCAUCUAUCAAUUUGGCGUUCAUCGAGGGAGAUUCUACGACGGUGAUCUACACUUUCACAAAAGGACUGGCAGAAAGACCGUCUCCAGAGAAGAUUUCUAGUAUGAGGAAGAAAGAGGAACGAAGAAGCUUCAUAAAUAGUGAACUAAGGAAGUACAAAAAUGACAUUAUGAAUAAUGCGCUGAAUGGUGGGUUUGUUGACGAUGAGGACUGCCAAGUGUUAGACUGAAGGAAAUAAUUAUAUUAUACUGUGUGAAAGUUCCGUAUUAAUCUCUUGUGAUGGGAGAUUAAUUGUGUCAAUGCUUCCUUUAAUAUAAAAAAUUAAAGGAGGAUAAAAAGAUCUAAAGUUAUUAACAAUGGAAGAUUGAGUGUUUCAUUGAAUAAUGAAUUGUCAUCAGAUGUUUUCAGUGAAAGAUGAAUUAUAUUAUUGUUAAGAAGUUUAAGUUAAACAUAACAAAAUGUUAAUCCAUAGGCUGAUUUUAAAUUCAAAGGAAUUCUGACAGCUGUAAUUUUUCAGAUAUCAUGAAUCUUUUCUGCCUUGUCCUUUUAAGUUAUUUAUAUUGUUGUCAUCCUGUCUUGAUUAAGAAUUUAAUUUUCUUUAUUGGCAAAGGCCAUUUUUGUUAAAAUAAAAGAAUCUAUAUGAUUGGAUUUUUUUGAGAUUUAGGUAAACAUUAUGACAAUGUAAAUAGCGUAUUGUUCUGUGUAUUCAAUGUACUAACUAAUAAUUAAAUUCGCAAAUACCUGAAUGCAAUGGAAACUAUUCUUAACCAUAUUUUUAAAUAACAGAAUUCAAUUUUUCAAAUUUAAUUUUAAAAUCGUACCAAUUCCUUAAUUGUAUGAUCCCCUUUAAAAGUAAAGAAUGUAUUAAUAUGAAUUAUGUAAUCUCUUCGAAUGAUGAAAUAAAAAGGUUUGCCGAAGAGAAAAAGUUGCACAGUUACGUUAAUUAAUUUAACAAAUAAAAUAAAAUUGUGUUAUUUAAGUGUGCAAAGAUUAUGUUAUUAUUAUUUGUAAGCAAUUUUCUGGAAUUUUGUUAAGUAUUUUAUUCAAAAACCAAACUCUUAAUAAUUCAAUGGGCUACUGACUGUCUUAAACAUGGAGCAAAAACACAAAAUUUUUGAUGUUAGUACACUACUGCCACGUUUGAAAGACAAUGAAGAGGAGAAACUAUUGAAUUUACUUAUAGAGAAUAGUGCCAGGGUGUGGGUCUAUUGAUAAAACAGUUAUAUCAUAUUUUGUGUAAGCAUUUAACUGGUAGAUUUAUUUAAAUUAAGUUCUAUCGAUGUAGUUUACUUGUUAUUUUUAUUUUUUGAUUAUGAAUAAUUUGACCAAUCAUUUGAGAACUGGGUUGAGAGAGCCAAUAAAAGCUUUCUUUCUUGUGUACCAAGACUCCACAACUUUAGCCAAUUCAACAGCUUUGGUCAUGAGCAAAAAUAUAUUUUGAGGUGCUUAAUUUGGGCAUUUUUUUGGCUAAUUUCAACCCAUAUCAUGAGAACUCUCAAUAGGACAUUUGAAGCAUAUUGCCAAACUUUUAAUCAUUUGGCAAUAAUAAGGCAAUCAAGUUUCAAAGAUAUUAUGCACUAAAUAAUGACAAAUCAAAGAGGAGUUGAAUUUAGACUAUUUAAUAAUUACUAAAUUGUUGUAAAUGCUACAACUUUACUAUUAAUAAUGAUUACAAAACAAAAUAAAAUUAUUAAACUUAUAGCUU